AUUUUCCAAGCAGACAGGAGCCACAAUGUGGCGCACGCUCGGUAGUGAACACGGUAUAUGACUCUUCAUUCAUAAACAGUGCGAAGGCAAACUGACUGACAGUUGAAUCGAGAGUAAGAAAAUCAACACUUCCGGACAAUUAAGCUUUUGACACCAAGAGAGCAAAUCACCACUUUUAUCUGGGCGUUUCUUCCUUUUCUUGAGGUUGUGUUUAUUUCACUAGUUUGUCACAGCUUCAGAUCCGAAGAAUGAGAGGGAAUCUUUCCCCGAACGAAGAUAUUUCAGCGUAUUAUUCAAUGAUGCCAGUCUCGGACUUCCAUGAAAAUGUUCCCUGUACGGUGGAGCCCGCGGAGAGUGUCUGUGGAGCGGCAGAACCUGUCACCUCCAGACCGCGGAUGGGUAAUACCUUUCUGGCGCAGGAUAGAGGAUGCGCGCAGGACGUAGCUGAAGAGUUAAAGGAAAAAACUGUGCUUGCCCCACCAAUGUUCAUCUUUCAAAAGAAAACCCCAUCCAUGAAGAGAAGCGCAGAGAGAUGGGAGGAGGGCUCAGUUAUGGGAAUCAGUCCAAACAAACGAUUCAGAUCGCUCACCUACCCUAACCCUAACAACAGAAUCAGGAAAGGCUCCUGUGACGGCAGUAGACGAGUGCGAUCAAGCUCUCUCUCUUUUCCCCCGCGUCCUCCAGUCUCAAGAUCAAAUGUCUUCAUGCCCUCAAAUCUCUGCAGCCAGACCAACAUUUCCCAAAACAAAGUGUCACCUCUGAACAGGGUCAGAAGGUCAUUACUUCAGCCUGCACGUCUCCUCGCCCCUCAGCCCAGGAACAACAUCUCACAGCCACACCUAUCUGAGGUCAGCCAUGACCUUUCAGACGAUUGCUGCAGCGUCACAACUGACCACUCCUCCACUGUGAGUGAAUUACAUCUGAAGACGUUCCCUCAAGUUCACAGAUUGAAGGCAGACACUAUUACCUCAGACAGGGUCCAGUUUGUAUUUGGGGAAAACAUGGACGCGAGAGUUUUGAGACCACAGAAAUUGCCCAGCAGUGAACAUUCUGAUUGCAGCUCCUCUAAUUCUGAGUCCUCCACCUUUGAGACAAGGCAUAAAGGUGCUGUGUGGAACAGCCUGAGGGAGUCUGCUGCAGCUUACACAGAGUCCUGUGGGAGGCAGCGUGUGCUCAGGCGGGUUCAGCUGUUCACUGGGGAGGAGAAGGAGAGCAAUGUGGUCCAGCUGACCUGCAGACUGUUUGUUCUGGAAAAUGGAACUCAGGCAUGGAAUGAGCGAGGGAGAGGAGUCCUGCGACUCAAUGAUCUAAUGGCAGGGACCAAAGGAGGGCUGCAGUCCAGGAUAGUGAUGAGGCACCAGGGCAGUCUGAAAGUCAUCCUCAACACUAAGCUCUGGCCCCACACACACCUGCGUCGCCCCGCCCGUCGGAACCUCCAGGUGACGGCCACCGAUGUGGAGACCCAGGCCAUCCGGGUGUUCCUCAUCCAGGCCAGCGCCAGGGACGUGGCUCGCCUCUACGUAGCCAUCCAUCAUCGGCUGGUAGCCCUACGGUCCAGUGCUGCUGGGAGGGAGGCAGGGGCUGCAGGGGGCAGGACCAGGGAGGGACACUGCAACAGUGAGAAUGAGGAAGAGGAGGAGCAGGAAGAGCAGAGACAACGGCAAGAACGAGAAGGUCUGCUAGUGACACGAUUGCGACCUGUGGUUUCUGAUUGGAUAAACAGUAAACCCAGUUUGGAAUCUUGGUGACAUGACAUUAUACUGACCUGGACCAUGCAACAGUUUGUGGUGUCAUCACAUCUGAACAGAACUUUUAACCAUCAUGGAACAAAACAUCAAGAGACAGCUUUCAAAAAGAAAUACUAGCAUUUACUGAGCUACCAUGACUACCUUUUGCCAAAAGAAGAUAUAUUACAUGACCAAAAGUAUGUGGACACCUGCUUGUCGAACAGCUGAUUCCAAAAUCAUGGGCAUUGAUAUGGAGUUGGU